CAGGUUCUGCAGCGACAAACGGAAACUGUGGGUGUGUGUGUGACCUGGUUCAGGAGGAUCUUCUCUGACAUGUCAAUAUUAUCAUCUGAGGCCACUGUGGUGAUCUCCUGCCACGCCCAUGGAACGCAGUUUAGACAGUAACCAGAGCCAGAACAAACUCUGCAGCUAAAAAUACCAGCAGUCAACUGUCCUGCUGCUGCUGUGGGACACGGGACAGAGACAGAGACAGGGAGGGCUGCUUGAGUGUGGAACCCCAGAAGAAGGACCUUCAAAACAUCUUCUGGAAGCUUCUGCUCGUUUUUUUUAAUAAUCCUCUCUUUCCGUGACUCACUCGUCGUCCCUUGGAGGUGAUGAACUUUGCCCUGGGCCUCAAACCUCCAUCAGCCGGCAGCUCUGGGCCCGGCAGCAGCCGAGGAGGAGGAGGACGUCGAGGAGGACCUGCCAUGGAGAACCUGGAGAAGCAGCUGAUCUGCCCCGUCUGCCUGGAGAUGUUCUCCAAACCCGUGGUCAUCCUGCCGUGUCAGCACAACCUGUGCCGCAAGUGUGCCAACGACAUCUUCCAGUCGGCGAACCCUCUGUGGCAGACGCGCGGCUCCACCAGCAUCGCCGCCAGUGGAGGUCGUUUCCGCUGUCCCUCGUGUCGCCACGAGGUGGCGCUGGACAGACACGGAGUGUACGGUCUGCAGAGGAACCUGCUGGUGGAGAACAUCAUCGACAUCUACAGGCAGCAGGAGACCUCCAGACUUGUAAACAUGAAGCCAGAGCAGCAUCAUCAUCAUCAGCAGCAGCAGCAGCAGAAGUUGACGUGUGAGGAGCAUGAAGAGGAGAAGAUCAACAUUUACUGUCUGUCGUGUGAGACGCCGACCUGCUCCAUGUGCAAAGUGUUUGGACGACACAAAGACUGCGAUGUGGAGCCGCUCAGCAGCGUCUACGCAAGACAGAAGACGGAGUUGAGCGAUGGAAUCGCGAUGUUGGUCGCCAGUAACGACCACAUCCAGGCCGUAAUCUGUCAGAUGGAAGAGAUGUGUCAGGCGUUAAAGGACAACGGCGAGCAGCAGCGAGAGAAGCUUGGCGACUGUUUCCAAACGUUGGCGGCCAUCUUGGAGGAGCGGAAGCAGGAGCUGGUGGCUCUGAUCUCCAGGCAACAGGACGACAAGCUCAGACAUGUCCGCGCCCUCAUCCGUUGCCACGGCGACCACCUGGAGGCCGCAGUCACGCUGGUCGAGUCAGCCAUACAGUCCAUGGAGGAGCGGCACAUGCCUGUGUUUGUACAGAGCGCUAAAGACAUACUUGAGAAGAUGACAGUGAUGGCGAGGACCUCGAACAUCGAGCGUCCGCCGGUCAGUUACGAGAACAUGAGUCACUUUGGCGUUGACAUCGAGGAUGUGGCCGACAUGUUGAGCAACAUCGACUUCUGCUCUGGUGUGGGAGACGAUGAUGAUGAUGACGAAGAUUCUGAGUCCGACCUCGACGUCAGCUUCAGAUAUUAAGACCAAACAAAGGUCCCUGGGACACGUGGACACAGAGAAAGAAAGAAAGAAAGAAAGAAAGAAAGAAAGAAAGAUUUUGUUUGUUUUAUAUUUUUCUAAUUUCAUUGAUUCUUUUUAUUUUUUAAGUAUUUUUUUUAAUUAUUUUCCUUUAAAAACUAUAUUUCAAACCCUCUGUGGUCAUAAAUCUGAUAAAUGUGUCCGUAUUUAUGCUGAAUUUGUAAAAAUGUACUUGUUUGUAAAAAAAACCCCAGGUUAUUGUGAGUAAAAAUAAAUCUCGAUCUAGCUCACAGGAAAUGCAUCGUGGAUUUUCUCUGUUGUAGAAACAGGAUUUAAAGCUUUAUGUGCAGUAGGUUUGUGAACGCUUACAUAAAUACUACUCUAUUGGUGUUUGUUUAUUUCUGCUUUUUUCAGUUUUAUAACUAAUUUAGAAUGUGAAUAAAUAAAUACAAAACUU